AUGCCAAAACAUCAACGGGAUCGCUUUUCCAAUUGUCCUGCAUUUUGUUCGCAUACUAGUAAUAAGCUUUUUCGAACAGAGUUAACCCAUUAUUCCUCCGAUACUACAAGAAACGUUAAUAUAAACGGAUUUACCAAAAUGAGUAAGAUGGCUGGUGCUACGGCCGAUUCAAGUGAUGCUUCUUCAGCCAUUGAUUCCAAGUUUCUUGAUCAGCAGAGUCGGACGAUUGGCACUUAUGGUUUGGAGACAAUGGCAAAACUAAUAUCUUUCAAGGUUCUUGUUGUUGGGUGCGGAGGAGUCGGUAUAGAGACUGCGAAAAACCUUGCGCUUGCUGGCGUACACACUAUUACUCUUUGUGAUCCAAAGAAAGCUGAAUUGAAGGAUAUGGGGGUUAACUUUGCCGUCACAGAAACAACAAUAAAGGCUGGUUUGACUCGGGCGGAAGCUUCAAAGAGGUUGGUUGCGGAGCUAAACCCGAAUGUACGCGUACGGACAGUCGAUGCUAUUGAUGAAGCUGUAGUCAGUGAGGUGAACUGUGUUGUAUAUACUUCUGCAGCGGCGGAUUGGUCUUCGAAAACACUGUUGAAGUGGGACCAGUUUUGUCGGACGAGAACACCCGCUAUAUCAUUUAUUUUUGCUUUCCAGGGUGGUUCACUUGCUUCCGUUUUUGCUGAUCAUGCCCCCAACUUCACUGUUAAGGAUGCUGAUGGAAGGCCAAUGCUGCAAAAAUUGAUAGUGGAGGUUCUCACAAAGCGCGACAAGAGUGGAGUGGAGUACACACGCGUGCGCUACGAAACACCAGAGGGUCAAACACCCGGAGCUUUCCGUGAUUACACGGAAGUUAAGUUUAGUGAAGUUAAGGGACUUUGUAAGGCAAAUGGAGAAAGUAUUAAUGGUAAUGUUUUCAAGGGCGUGGUGUGCACUGGUGAUCCCCCAAACACCGUGCGAAUAUAUCCCUCACUGGAAAGCCAAGGUUAUUCUGCUUACGAAACUGCGGGCUUCCUUCACGAGAUGAAGGAAAGCCAGCAAUUGAAGUUCCGGGCACUCUCAGAAGCCCUUUCGUGCCCGGGUCAAUUUGUACCUGUUAGCUCCAUGAUGGAUGGGUCGGAGGAAUCUCAAUCUCACCUGACUUUUACCGCAUUAUUGAGAUUUUUUGACAAACACGGUCGGCUACCCGAACUUCAUAAUCUAUCUGAGGCGAAUGAAGUAGUUUCACUCGCCAAAGCUGUCAACGAGGAGAACAAAGCUGCCGAUGCGAAGCUCGAGAAGGUGGAUCACCCUAUGUUUUUGCAGCACGAAAACAAGGAAUUUCCUUCUCGCCUUGCACCACCUCCACCACCAACUCCUCUUUGCGUUGAAACUCUCGAUGAGGGGUUUGUUUGCUCGCAGGCGCUUGUGUCUGCUGCAGAACUUCAACCUCUUUGCGCCGUAUGGGGAGCCGUUCUUGCACAAGAGAUUGUGAAGAUUACAGGUAAAUAUACACCAAUUUGUCAGUGGCUUCAUGUUGGCUACUCUUCGAUCCUCGCUAGCAACGCUUCUUACACGAAAUCUCCCCAAGAGUAUAAGGUUGUUGACCAUCGCUACAAGCAUCUGAUAUCACUGUUCGGAAAAACGUUUGUUGAAAAAUUAAACAAUCUGAAACUUUUUAUGGUUGGCUGCGGUGCUCUCGGAUGUGAGAACAUUAAGAACUUUGCUCUUUGUGGAAUGAGCUGCGGCCCCCGUGGCUCAUUCGUUGUUACAGACAACGACCGGAUCGAAGUAUCCAACCUAAGUCGCCAGUUUCUUUUCCGUGAGGAAAACGUCGGCCAACCGAAAUCAGCCGUGGCUGUGUCGCGAAUGAAGAGUAUAAACAAGGAUGUGAAAGCUGAUGCCCGGCAGGAUUACGUGGGAAGCAACACGGAACAUAUUUACCAUGAUGUGUUCUGGAAUGGGUUGGACGCGGUCGUUAACGCUCUUGACAACAUGGAAACUCGACUCUAUGUUGACCAGAAGUGCGUGAACUUCCACAAAAUCCUUGUGGAAGCAGGAACGAUGGGAACUGGCGGAAACGUUGAUAUCGUUGUUCCUGGUAAAACCACGUCGUACUCAGAUGGUGGUGCCGCGGAUACAACCGGUGGUAUUCCCAUGUGCACGUUGCGCAAUUUCCCGUACACCUCCGACCACUGCACUGAAUGGGCGCGGGCGCAGUUCGAUGACCUUUUUGUUUCCCCAAUGCAAACAGUGAGACAACUGUUGGAAAACCCAGCAGCGUUCACUGAACGCAUAAAGAAUGAGGUAAACAAUGCUCAGAGCGCAGGUGAACGACUCAGUUUGGUUGAGAAAAACCUUGGCAUUCUUCAAGGCAUACAGAAAACGGUAACAACUCUAUCUGCGGGCGUUUCCAUGGAAAAAUGCGUGCAGUGUGCGUGGGAGACAAUGUUUCAUCUCUUCCGUGACCGCAUUCUUGACCUACAGCGUUCUUUCCCGAAGGAUGCCAAGAAGAAAAAUGGUGAAAAGUUUUGGUCUGGACACCGCAAGUACCCAACCCCACUCGAGGUCAACAUAAAAGCCCUGUCAUCUGACCCUGACGUUGUGGAGUUUCUCAUUUCUGCUGCAAACCUGUUUGCAUGCAUGUACGGUAUUCAUCCUCAAAAGCAUGAGCCUCGGCUGAAUGACCCCAAAAAGCGCUGGAUGCAGCAAUAUCGCACGCUGGAUUGGCUUAAUGGCGUUAUGAAAAACUGCACGGUACCAGAAUACAAACCUGGCUCUGUUGAGGGACUUGAUGACGACCUUCUUCAAUCUAUGGAAAAGCAAGAGGUUUCCAAAGACGAAACGACAAAGGAGCAAACUCUGAAUAACCUCCUGAGUAGUGUUGUGGCAUUGGCUCAGAAGUGUCAUAACAUGAAUACCGUACCAUUGGACUUCGAAAAAGAUGAUGAUGAUAACUUUCACAUUGACUUCGUUGCCGCAACGAGCAACCUCCGAGCCCGCAACUAUGACAUCCCUACGCAAGACCGAUUCAAGGUGAAGCUUGUAGCUGGAAAAAUUAUACCCGCCAUCGCAACCACAACGGCUGCAGUCACUGGACUUGCCCUCAUCGAGUACUUCAAGGCUUUGUUGAGCAACGAUGUCUCCUGCCUCCGCAAUGGCAUGCUUGAUAUUGGUACAAAUAACUACGUUUUGUUUGAGCGUGAUGCCCCACUUAAACAUCGUACCCGUGUUGAUAAAACCUACUUACCUGAGCAAGACUACACGUACAAGAAGAAGGUUAUUUGUCUCCCUGAAGGAUACACCAAGUAUGACAUGAUUGAAGUGCCCAUUACGAAGGCGACUACCGUUCAACAGUUUGCUACAGAACUUGAAAAGAAACUUAAUACCCUCCUCCCAACUGGGAUGAAUGCGGGCUGUGAGGUAAGCGCAAUUGGUGUCGGUAAAGGAAGUUUGUGGAAUGGACUGCCAAAGCACGCUAACACCAACUGCUCUUUGAUGGACAUCAUCGAGAAGCAAAAACUCUCUGAAGCGGGUGGGAAACUCCCGCGACCCUUCUGGGAGAAUCGCACACAUUUUCACGACUUAUCCGUUACUGUGUCUAUUGAUGAUGACGAUGCCAAUGUCGAUGAGGUUGAUGUUGAAACCGCUACAAUACUUUUGCGCAUCCAACAAUAA